GAAGCAAAUAUGAAGUUCGUUACUCUGACCAGCGCAUUGGCUCUCUUUGCCACGGCAGCUUCGGCUCUGGACAAGCCCCUCAAUAUCCAAGUCGACAAGGCCGUUGAAUGUACCCGCAAGACUCAGACUGGCGACAAGAUCGAGGUUCACUACCGCGGUACUCUCGAGGACGGUGGCAAGGAGUUCGAUGCCAGUUACAACAGAGGCCAACCUUUGAGCUUCCACGUCGGCAAGGGCCAGGUCAUUAAGGGCUGGGACCAGGGCUUGCUCGACAUGUGCCCUGGCGAGAAGCGCACAUUGACCAUCCAGCCCGAGUGGGCAUACGGCAGCAGAGGCAUGGGACCCAUUCCUGCCAACAGCGUGCUAGGUUGCANNGUGUUCGAGACUGAGCUGGUCAGCAUUGCUGGCGUCAAGAAGGACGAGCUCUAG